GACGCGUGCUGAGUGCAGGAAUCACAAACAUAGCGGCACACAGAGGGGUAAGCGCAUGACGCCAGCAACCAAACGCCGCUUUCUCUCUCUCUCUCUCUCCCGCUCUCUCACACACACUCGUGUCUCUCUUUCACACACACUCACACCUCUCAGACGCACACGGCAGUGCUAGAGCGAGCAGCGCGGCGCUGGACACAUCAUUCAUGAAGGGAAUGGAUCCGAAGAAAAAGGAUUAACUAUCUCCAUCCCUCUCCCGCUACAGACCCCAUCCCCUCUUCUCUCCUCUCGUGUCUCUAAGCCUCUCUUCACCUCAUUUCUUCCCCACACUAUCCCUCCCUUUUCACAAUUUAUUGCUGGGGUUGAAUGGAAGCUGGAGGAGGGGGGGCGGGGGGGGGGGUUGUUGGAGGAUUAUUCUUGCAUUAUUCUCUUGACCGGGAUCUUUAAUGCGUGGAUUUAUUUGAUAUAAGGGGCAACAGCUUUUUUCUUUUUGAUAUUUUGUUUUUUUUGGGGUAUUUUUGGCGAGGAUGCCGGACGGCAGGAAGCCAUAAGGCUGGUGCUGUCUGAGAGAUUUGGUCAAAAGAAUCGUACACACAAACAGAUGAAAUGGCGCUUUGCGUCGGUUUUGUUCCGUCCCUGUGUUUCCAUGUGCUUCGCUGUAGCCUUUCGCGGUCGGCGCCCCAGUGGGGGCCGAAAGGCAUGGCGGCUUGACCCCCCAACCCCCCUCCUCCCCCCGACCGCCGCCCGUCCCCCAUAGCCCGGAAGGCUGCCGAGCUCUGUGUCAUGCUCCCCCACACCCACCCCCCUGUGGGCAUCGGCCUGCCCCUCCCCAGCUCUGCCACCCACCACCUGGCCAGACCUGUCUUCCUCUGUGUCCUGUGCCUCCUGUGGACGCUGCUGUCGGCGGCCUCCUCCUGCCCUCCUCCCUGUCGCUGCGGCUCAGACGGUGCGGCGGUGGACUGCGGGGGCCGGGGUCUCUCCUCACUGCCCCCACUUCACCUUCUGCCUCCGGGGAGCCGCUCCCUCCUGCUGGCCAACAACAAGCUGGCCUCGCUGGGAGCCUCGGCCUUCGCUAACCUCUCCUCUCUGGAGGAACUGGACCUCUCUAAUAACUACCUGGAUAAUUUACCAGCUGGGUUAUUCAGAGACAUGUCCAACCUGACGAGACUGACUCUGCACAACAACUCGCUAACAGCGAUGGACAGAGAUCUCUUCCAGGGUCUGGGGGGUCUUCAGAGUCUGGAUCUGUCCCUGAACGGUCUGUCCUCUGUUCCUCUGGGGCUACUGGAUGAGCUGCAGAGCCUCAGGUGGCUGUCUCUGGCAGGUAACCGGCUCCAUGGUUUGGAGAGGGCGGCGUUCGAGCCGCUCGCAAACCUGCAACACCUGGAACUGGGACACAACCCCUGGGAGUGUGACUGCAACCUCCGGGAUUUCAAACACUGGAUGGAGUGGCUGCUGUACAGAGGGGGAAACGUGGACGCGGUGGAGUGCACGCUACCGAAGGAUCUCCGUGGGCGAGACAUCCGCGGCGUCCCGGUGGAAAUGUUCAACUACUGCCUCCAACUCGAGGACGAGAACGGGGGCGCGGGAGGGGAGGCCUCCCGUACCGGACAAGGGGGCGCUCCGCCCUGCAGCAGGAACGCUCUCAACCCCAGUGGGGCCACGCCGAUCUCCGAAAACGCUGGCGAUGACUCCUCUUCAAACGCGGGAGGUGGAGGUGUUGGAAGAGGAGGAGGAGGAGGAGGAGGGGGAGGUGGAGGCGCCGAGGCCCCACCGGAUUGUGUCCGCGCCCGCUACCGGCCCGUGAGCGUGCGCCGCGCCAUCGGCACCGUGGUGAUCGCCGGCGUGGUGUGCGGCAUCGUCUGCAUCAUGAUGGUGGCGGCAGCGGCCUACGGCUGCAUCUACGCCUCGCUGAUGGCCAAGUACCAGCGGGAGCUGAAGAAGAGGCAGCCGCUGAUGGGGGACGGGGAGGCGGACGGGGACGAGCGGGAGGACAGACAGAUCUCCUCCGUGGCCUAGAGGGGUGACGGGACCGCGGUGGGGCGGAGGCGUCGAAGGUCGAAGAAGCAGAAAUUUGAGGAUGAAAAGGGCUCAAAGAGGACAGAGUUUGAAGAGCUUGUUUUAUGCACGCAGAUGUUAUGGUGUCUCUCAAUUGGGCUCUCCAACUGACACCCUCAUCACCCUCUCUGCGUCCUGCUACUAUUUUUAGCCGUCUCCCUCCGCAGUCCCUCUUUCCAAACACUUCACACACGCCUUGUGCGUUCCCAUGUUCUCUCCUCCGAGCGGCGCCAUGCUCGCCGCAGCAUCAGUUACCGACCGCCCCUCCAACUCGCCUACCAACCACCUACUGCUGCUGAAUUUAACGUUACAUCGGACGAGACAGGACACUGAUUUAGUGAUCUCUCCGGUAUGAAACAUAUCAUUUAAGCUGUUUGAAGAUGCUCGCGGUGCACGGUCAGUCAGUAUUUGUAAAACUAGAUUGAAUUUUCAGGGAUUUGCGGUAUGUAUUAUUGAUAUUGAUGAUGAUGAGGAGACGUUGUUGUCGUAGGUGGUGCCCAGCUCUCAUUUUGUUUGCGUCUCUCUUCACAUUGCCAGUAGUUUCUGCAAAAAUAAAAGCCACAGGACCACAACCCAGAUCCCUCGUUUCCUCCUCUGGGUCACAAAGAAACAGUCAGUGUUGGAGAGCUUUGGGGAAAUAAGAGGAACUUAAUGGAUAAACACAAAGAAAUACAAUGUAUAUGCUCAAAGCCCUCUCUUUUGUUGCAAAGAGAAUACUAAGAGGAAACCGUUUGGACUGAGUAAAAUAAUCAAUCACGGACGGCUGGACUUGUUCAAUACACCAGGUCAGAGACAAUGAUUCGAUAUUUGGACCAGAUUUGUUUCUCUCUGGACCGUUAACGUCCUCCAAGUGUCACAGACCUGGAGUUUUGUUUGUUUGUCAGUUCAACAGGGAACAAACCAUUUGAACUGGAAUUUCACUCUGCUGUAUCUUUUCACUUUUGCUCAGACUCUCGCUUAAUGAUGCUUGUUAUAUGAUGAGUAUUAUCUGGAUGGAUUAAAAGCCACUUAUUGUGGUGGAAAAACGUUCUGUUAUCAAUUCACACUUGUUUUAAUGGGCUUACUGCGUUUCAGAGGACCACAGACUUUGCUGUAAAACAGAUAUUAUUUUUUCAUUGUCAGAUUGAUUUCACACCUCAAAUGUAACUGUUUGUGACUCUGGCAUGGAAGCACUAUCUCAGAGAACUUUGUCUCCUGUCAAGGACGACAAAACUUCAGACGCCUGCACUUUAUUUCCCGAACAUGAUCUCCCUCGCCCUCAUCCCUCCUCUCUCUCUCUCUCUCUCUCUCUCUCUCUCGCUCUCUCCCUCCAAAAACGGACGAUUUGCCCAAAGGGAUUAUAACGUACAAGGGAUUCAACAAAACGACGCUGCUAAUUUCCCCCGCUCCUCCCCAUCCUUUUAUCGCCCCUUCCGUCUUUUCAUCCAGUGAUAUUUUUGGACAGUAUUUCACACUUUCUUAAAAGACGUCCACAUCCUCCUUUCCUUUCAUCCAUCCCGUGUCCCAUAUCGCUGCUCUUGUGUUUUUUUCUUUAAAGGUUCAGCAAUAUGCAACGGCUGGUCACCACAACACGAAAACGAUGUCAUCGCCAAAGAGUCCUUAUGUUGAAAACUUAGUAAUCGUCACAUAUUUGAGAGGAAUCUUUUGGCAUUCCCUCGUUCAAUAUUCACGUAAACCUGUGAUGUUUUGCCCUCAGUGAUAAAGAGUCUCAAGAACCUGGCUGUCAUUGCAUAUUGCUCCCCUGCAGAGGAACCGUCGGCCCAUCUCAGUUAAUCAUUGGCUGGAAAUAAACCUAUAUUUAUAGUGUGUUAUCUUAUACCUGGGUAUGAUGCAGAUAACUAUUAUAGUACUAGUCUGAUAUGGUGUGUUGGCCCAUCGAUUCCCCAAAAUGUUUUUGACUUGACAUAGUUUUCUCUACCAAAUAAUGAUGUACGUCUUUUGCUGUGUUCAUGACUUUUAUGUUUUUGUUUUAGUUUGAAUAUCUGUGUGUAAUGUUUGUUCAUUUGUUGUGUUUUAUUUAUUCGUGUUCAGUAGCCGUCACAGUUUCCGCAUAGAAAGAGUUUGGCCAUUGACAACGGGAGCGUUUAUCAGGGAGAGGUGGUUUAGCAGAGACAGUGAGAGACUUUGUAUCCUACAAAUUAUAUUCAAUUAUGCAACGGAUUUAAAUUAACUUUCAGGCAGAACAUUUGUGUCUAAAAGAUGUUGGGCAUGAUUGCAUUUAUUACUUUAUUUCUACAACGUCCCCAAAUGACAUUAUAAUGAUGCUGACAAUGUGACAACAAGUUCCUGGUCAGAAAUUGAAACCCUCAAUUUAAAUUCCAUGUGUGAGAUUGGACAUGAGAUCAGAUAAACUAUUAUUAAAGACACACCCUGACCUCGGCACAUUCACAAUAAUGGCCUUUAUGAACACUAGAAAACUCCUUAAAUCUGCAGAGGACCCCCCCGCUCCCCUCGGAGUAGUUGCAUAUGAAAAUAUUCGUUGGAUACUGAGCUGUUCUGAUGUCAAGAUGCACAUAACUCCGUAGAAAUACAUUUGAUCCCGAAUUGUAAAUGAAGUGUGAACGCACUUUUUGCCACAGCGUUCGCCUCACUAAUGACAGCAAAGACGCUCAGGUAAACUGAAUAAUCAGCAUCUUCGGGAAGAAGUGGUACACGGGGUUUAAAAGUGAAUCACAGGGGACUCUGGGGCACCGAAGAAAAGGGCGAUGGCUAAACUCUGUCUAUGAAUGUGGCACCAUUGUCCUCCCGGCCCUGCGCAGCUCUUGUGUUGGUGGUAGCUAAGUAUCUUAGCUAGCAGAAAAACCUGUUCCUAUAGCCUGUGUGUGCAAAGAAAAAUAAAUUAUAGUUUGUUACGUAAAAC